AUGAAUUGCAGUCAUCGAUGGGCAGUACUGCACCUUCUCUCGCCUCCUGUUAUAGGUGGUACGGCUGCUUCCCUAGAGAGAGAUCCACGUCGACGAAGCGGUACGGAGCGGACCUCCACGUUCCACCAAGACCGGCAUUGCCUUAGUCUUUAUCCAGAGCAACCCUUCUCAAAGCUUGAGGGAAAUGGAGAGGACGACUUCUGCUUCCCGUUCCACCAUCCACGACACCCCAAGCAGAUGUCGCUUUCGCAAACACUUCCUGCAGUUAUCCCCCACACAUUGACUGAGUGCGAGCGUCAGGUGCAGGUCGAUGUGUGUCGGAAGCUACUCGACCACAAGCGAACGGUGGCUUGGACGAGCUUCAUCACCGCUCAGUAUGAGAAGUGGAUUUCUUAUGAAAAUCCACACAGGAAAUUCCUGUGGCUACCAAUCGACAUAAGGCCAGAAGCCGUUGCAAAGCGUGGGGCGCACGUCAAAAAGAAUAAGAUCUCGUUCUUCUUCUGCUCCACCGGCUGUUUCUUCUACGGGAUCCUACCAUAG